ACAAGAAUAUCAAAAUCAAUUCAUCAAAUCCGUCCCCAAAAUAAGAACAAAAUUCUUGGCUUCGGCCGACUCAUCCUCUUCUAAGAUUCCAAUCAACAAGCAAAGAUCUCCUCACAGGCCGCCACGUGGAAGCAUAGAUGGCCUGCAACCCAAAUGGCCCCAAGAAGAAGCCAAAGAGUCUAAGAGGCCCAUGACCGAAAGCAAAAGUUACACAAGACAGAAGAAUCCAUAAAGCCGUUUCCUCGUUCCUCUUGUUCACUCAUUUGUUUCUCCAGAGCCCCACCCCCUCCAAUAUCAAAUUCCAGUUCUUCUCUUUCUCUCUUCUCUAUCUCUACCCAAAAAAAUAUAUUAAAAUAUUAUUAAAAAGAGUGCAUUUUUCAGCUCCAUUUGCUCACUCCAAACAGUGAAUAAAGCAAUCCCAUCCUGAUCCUCCCAUGGCCUCCUCAGAUCAGAUCUCGCCUUCUCUCUCCAAUUAACAACGAAUUUACACUACAACUUAUCCUAAUUCAUGGCGACCUUGCAGAAAUUCAAGCUCUUAGCUACCCAAUGCGCCGUAGCCGGAAGCCCCACCCGGAGCCCAUCCGCCAGCCCAGUCAUUCACCUCCGCCGCCGCAAAACCCUGAGAAUGUUCCUCUCCCGCACCGACCGCCGCCGAUUUACUAGCCGGAGCAACUCCGACCCUCCGGUAAUCAACGGCGAUGAAGACGACGACGAUGAUCGGCCGCAGAAGAGCAAGGAGGUCGCGAAGGUUCGGCACAAGCUUAAGGACCUCUUCGUCUCCUCGCCGCCUUUCGAAGAUAGGGUUUCGGAUAGGAGCCGAGAAAUUGAACAAGAAGAGCGAGGGUUAUUGUCGGCGACCGGAAGUGUCGGUGGUGUCGGUUCUGGUGGGGUAUAA